UACUCCCACUCUCUGACUCUAGUCUCUAAAACCUUUACUACAACUCAGUAAUUAUUGGAAUUACGAGUACCAUCAAAGUUCAUUAAUGUAAAAAUCAUCUAAAUUCAUCAACUAAUCCGGUAUGAAUCUUCACCUUUUCUUUUCUGUCAAUUAUAUUUCCAAUGAGGAAUGCCCAGUUUAUCUCCACGAUAAGCAUAAAUUGUUAAUCGGAUGGCAAUGUUGUAAUUAUUUCAAAAUCAAAACGGCCGUUUGUUACUUUUUGGUGAACGUUUUGUAAAUGCUAACCAUGGUUAGUUGCAGUCUAUCUUCUUUUUUUUUCCCCAAAUCAGAGAUUGAAUUGUAGAAAUAAUGGAGAAGUCGAAGCCCUAAUUUUAUUACCUCAAAUUUGUGAUAUCGUCAUAGUAAAUUUCAGCUGCCCGAUUGUCGAUUGAAGCUCGAAGAUGUCAAUUCACUGAAGCUAGAGCUGGUUCGCUUAAUAAAAAAAGAUAAUGGAGAAACUUGAUAAGGGAAGUGGAGUGGAUGUUUGUGGUAUAGGUGUGGAAGUAAUGCCACAUAAAGAAGGAGAUGAUGGUUGUAUGGAACUUGGGAACUCUCCUGACAUGAAAUGUAUGGACCUAAUUGCACAUGCAUCUAAACAAACAACAAUUGAAGAUGGACUUGAUGGUUGUGUUCCAGGUGGUCAAACUUGUUAUAGGACCCCUACCUGUACAAUACAGACUGUGCACACUGUUGUAUCUAGUAACAAAAUCAGUGUUGUUAGUGUAGUCGAGGAACCUAAGGAGGACAUGAUUUUUAAAACUUUGCAGGAUGUUGAAGCCUAUUAUAAGGAAUAUGCUGAACAGAUGGGGUUUGGUGUCAAGAGGGUUCAAGGUUCUUUCUCUAAGAAGGAUAGGGAUAUGAGGGGGACUACAUGAAGGUAUGAAUGUUGGGGGAGACCGGACAUGAGAGCAGCGAGAGCGGCGAAGAAGAGGGCUAAUUCAAUGGAAGUUGCUGGUUGCAGUAAUUUAGUUAGAGGGGUUAUUGCGGAGAAUGAGUUGAAUCGUUGCAAAAGAAAGUCCAAAAAAUGUGAGUGUGGUGCUAAGAUUUAUGCUAGUGUUAACGAAGAUGGUGACUGGCAGUUGAGAUCUGUUAUUUUGGAGCACAACCAUGAUUUAAUCCCAAACGGAGCGAAGUUGGUGAAAGAGUAUAGAAUGAAGCAGCUAACAUCCACUGUUAGGAAGAGGUUGAUCAAUUAUUAUGAUGAGGGGGUACCCGCGUCUAGUUUCCAUGGCUGCACUGCCCUUGAAAUGGGAGGGGUUGAGAACAUGUCUUUGAUGGUGAAGGAUUUCCAACAUGAGGUUUACAAGGAGCGUCGCCUUAGGAUGGAAGGUGGGGAUGCGGAUGCUAUGAUGUCAUACUUUGAGUAUAUGAUGGCCGAUAGUCAGAAUUUUUUUCAUGCUAAUCGCUUAGAUGAUGAAGGUCGGUUAAAAGAUGUGUUGUGGGUUGAUGCUCGUAGUCGAGCUGCUUAUGAGUAUUUCGGGGAUGUAGUGUGUUUUGAUGCUACAUACUUGACUAAUGAGUAUGAAUUGCCAUUUGUUUUGUUGGGGUCAAUCACCAUGGACAGUCUAUUCUAUUGGGGUGUGCAUUGGUGUCGCAUGAGGACUCAGAUACGUUCAGAUAGAUUUUUCGGCAGUGGCUUUGUUACAUGGGGAAUAAAGCCCCGGUCGGUGUCCUUACAGACCAAGCUACUGCGAUGCGUAAGCCGUUGGAAGAAAUUAUGUCGAACACUAUACACGGGUGGUGCAUCUGGCAUAUUAUGUCGAAAUUUGGUGACAAGCUUGGCAAAUGCCCGAAAGUUUAAAAAUAAGCUGAAAACUGUGAUAUAUGAAAGCUUCACUGUGGAUGAGUUUGAGGAGAAUUGGGUUGCAUUGAUUAAGUACUACAAGCUGGAAAAUAAUGAGUGGUUGACUUAUAUGUUCAAAGAGAGACACAUGUGGGUUCCGACCUUCAUGAAAGAUUACUUUUGGGCUGGUAUGAAAACUACUCAAAGAGUGGAGAGCAUCAACAGUUUUUUUUACGGCUUUGUGAAUCGAAAAACCAAGUUACAUAAAUUUCCUAGACAAUACAACAGAGCAAUGACCAAACGCGUCAACGAUGAAACUGAUGCGGAUGACAACUGGUCAAAGUAUGUUCGUAGGAUGGUGAGUGGGUUCAAGCCGGAGGAGCUGUUUCAACAGAUUUACACUAACACAAAAUUUCAAGAAAUACAGACUGAGCUUUCAAGACUCUUGUACUGCUAUUGUCGUGAUGAGAAAAUGUUGUCCAACACAGUUGUUCAGUAUCUGGUUAAAGAUAGAGUAUGGAUUGUUCCACAAGGAUACAUGGAGGAGAAAAUAACUGAUCGCCGAAGGUUCUACCGUGUCACGUUUGACAGUGUGACCAAAGAAGUGUCAUGCGAUUGCCGGAAAUUUGAAACAUUUGGGAUUUUGUGCAAACAUAUGUUCCGGAUAUUUGAUCAGAACUUGGUUUUUGAUAUACCUGAGAAAUAUAUACUUACGAGGUGGCGGAAGGAUGUAAAUCGGAGGCAUACAAGGGUUAAAGUCCCAUACCAUGAUCCCUCUCACUCGGCACAAGUCAAGAGAUCCUAUAAAAUGCUAACCACUUUUGAGACUAUAUCUGAUCUUGCUGCCUCUGUUGACGAUGAAGCCGUUCACCAUGUGCUGACUUCUCUAAAAAAGCUGCAGGGUGAAGUAGCAGCGUUGAAGCAGAAGAAAGAUCUUCUCAACAAAGCUGAAGAGGUUACUCACUUUCCUACUGAUGGCUCUCAAGUAGAGAAACAGUCAUGUUGUGUGGGGUCAACAGUUGCUUCAGUACAAAAACCAGACAACCCCCCUGACUCUAAUGACACUCCUGCAGCUGGCCAAGAACAUGUUACAGACCUCUCUGUUGAUGCUGAUAACAUCCAUUGGUCUCAACAACAUGCACCACCUACUGCCCCAAAUAAGUCGAUUAUUCUUGACCCAGUUGUACAGAAGAAGCGUAGAGGGUGACCAAAAGGUAGCAGGAACAAAAACCUUGCAGAAUGGGCUACAAAAAGGCAUAGCCAAAGGAGAAACAACCCGAUGUCUGCUUCGUUUUAAUUUCAAUCCUUUAUAUUUUAUCAGUUUAGUGCACUUGAAAAGAUUAAUUGCUUGCUAUUUUGGAGCCUGCUGCUCAAUUUAUUCUUCAAACCUACUACCCAUCGUCUUUUAAUGGGAAUAUAAUGG